AUGCCUGUCGCCGAAGGUACCCCGCAGACUCUCUACGACAAGGUCCUCCAGGCCCACGUCGUUGAUGAGAAGCUCGAUGGCACAGUUCUUCUGUACAUUGACAGACAUCUGGUUCACGAGGUUACCUCUCCUCAAGCCUUCGAGGGUCUGAAGAAUGCCGGCCGUAAAGUGCGCCGUCCGGACUGCACUCUGGCGACAACUGAUCACAAUGUCCCCACUUCGUCGAGAAAAGGCAUGAAGGACAUCGGCUCCUUCAUUGAGGAGGAUGACUCUAGGGUUCAGUGCGUCACUCUGGAGGAGAAUGUCAAGGACUUUGGCCUCACAUACUUUGGCCUUGGCGACAAGCGCCAGGGUAUUGUCCAUGUCAUUGGCCCUGAGCAGGGCUUCACUCUCCCCGGCACAACUGUUGUCUGCGGAGACAGUCACACCUCCACCCACGGCGCCUUCGGUGCCCUGGCUUUCGGUAUCGGUACCAGUGAGGUAGAGCACGUCCUCGCCACCCAGUGCUUGAUUACCAAGAGGAGCAAGAACAUGAGGAUACAGGUCGACGGCGAGUUGGCUCCCGGCGUCAGCUCCAAGGACGUUGUCCUCCACGCCAUCGGCAAGAUCGGAACUGCCGGAGGUACCGGUGCCGUCAUUGAGUUCUGCGGUUCUGUUAUUCGCAGCCUCAGCAUGGAGGCCCGCAUGUCCAUCUGCAACAUGUCUAUUGAGGGUGGCGCAAGAGCCGGCAUGGUCGCCCCCGACGAGAUCACCUUUGAGUACCUCAAGAACCGCCCCCUCGCCCCCAAGUACAAUUCGGACGAGUGGCACCGCGCCACCAAGUACUGGAAGUCCCUCCAGUCCGACCCCGAGGCCAAGUAUGACAUUGACGUCUUCAUUGACGCCAAGGAUAUCAUCCCCACAAUUACCUGGGGUACUAGCCCCGAGGACGUUGUCCCCAUCACCGGCACCGUUCCCGAUCCCGAGACCUUCUCCACCGAGGCCAAGAAGGCUGCCGGUCGCAGAAUGCUGGAGUACAUGGGUCUGACCGCCGGCACUCCCAUGGAAGACAUUGUUGUCGACAAGGUCUUCAUCGGCUCUUGCACUAACUCCCGUAUUGAGGAUCUGCGUGCCGCUGCCCACGUCGUCAAGGGCAAGAAGAUUGCUUCCAACAUCAAGCGCGCCAUGGUCGUUCCUGGCUCCGGUCUGGUCAAGACUCAGGCCGAGGCUGAGGGUCUGGACAAGAUCUUCUCUGACGCUGGUUUCGAGUGGCGUGAGGCUGGUUGCAGUAUGUGCCUGGGCAUGAACCCCGACAUCCUUGCCCCCAAGGAGAGAUGCGCAAGCACUAGCAACAGAAACUUCGAGGGUCGCCAGGGUGCCGGCAGCCGGACGCAUCUCAUGUCCCCCGUCAUGGCUGCUGCGGCUGCCGUUGUCGGCAAGUUGGCUGAUGUCAGGAAACUGUCUCAGUACAAGGCCAGCCCUCACAUUGAGGCUGCCAUCACCCCUCUCGAGCCCCAUGUCGAUGAGCGCAUCGAGGAGAGCGCUGCGGACAAGGACGCUAUCGCUGACAUGCCCGAGGACAACGAGCCUCACACCAACACAACCGCCGCCGCCGCCGCUGGUGCUGGCGGCUCCACCGGCCUCCCCAAGUUCACCAACCUCAAGGGCAUUGCUGCCCCCCUGGAGAUGUCCAACGUUGACACCGACGCCAUCAUUCCCAAGCAGUUCCUCAAGACCAUCAAGCGCACUGGUCUCGGAAAGGCCCUUUUCUACGCCCUGCGCUUCAACGAGGAUGGGUCCGAGAACCCCAAGUUCGUCCUCAACAACGAGCCCUACCGUAGCUCCAAGAUCCUUGUUGUCACUGGCCCCAACUUCGGCUGUGGUAGCUCAAGAGAGCACGCCCCCUGGGCCUUGAACGACUUUGGCAUCAGGUGUAUUCUCGCGCCCUCUUUCGCCGAUAUCUUCUUCAACAACACUUUCAAGAACGGCAUGUUGCCCAUCGUCAUCCCCGACCAGGCGAAGCUUGAGAGGAUUGCCGACGAGGCGCGCGCUGGCAAGGAGGUUGAGAUUGACCUUCCCAACCAGCUCAUCAAGGAUGCUGCCGGCAACACCCUCGCCAGCUUCGAUGUCGAGGAGUUCCGCAAGCACUGCCUUAUCAACGGUCUCGACGACAUUGGCCUGACCAUGCAGCUCAACGACAAGAUCACUGAGUACGAGAACCGCAUGUCCAAACUUACUCCUUGGCUCGACGGCACCAGCUACCUCAAGAGGAACCCAAAGACUGGCCAGCUCCUCGCCAAGGCUGUCCCCGUUCCCAAGACGAACCGGGGAGAGACCAAGACGGAGCCUCUCGAGUGGUAA